AUGGCUACUCCUGAACAGAAGAAGUUCAUCGCACAAAUCGAUGCCAACAAGGCCACUUUGAUCGACCGCCUCGCUGAGGCCGUCUCGAUCCCUUCGGUCUCUGGUGAUGCCAACUACCGCAAGGCUUGCUUCGACAUGGCCGACUGGCUGCUCGCCGAGCUCAAGAAGCUUGGUGCUACUGCAGAGCUCAAGCCUCUGGGCAAGCAAACCCUUGACGGUCAGGAGAUUGAGCUGCCCCCCGUCAUUCUUGGUGACCUGGGCAAGGACCCCAAGAAGAAGACGAUCCUGGUCUACGGUCACUUUGACGUUCAGCCCGCUCUCAAGUCGGACGGCUGGGACACUGAGCCUUUUAAGCUGAUCACUGACGAAAAGACCGGUCGCAUGUACGGACGUGGAUCUACCGACGACAAGGGACCCAUUCUCGGCUGGCUCAACGCUAUUGAAGCUCACCAGCAGGCUGGCAUUGACCUGCCUGUCAACCUCAAGUUUUGCUUUGAAGGUAUGGAGGAGAGUGGCAGUGUUGGGCUGGAUGAGCUGAUUGCUGCUGAAAAGGACAGCUUCUUCCAGGGUGUUGACGCUGUCUGUAUCUCGGACAACUAUUGGCUGGGUACCAAGAAGCCAUGCCUUACGCACGGUCUGCGUGGUAUCGCCUACUUCAAGCUCGCCAUCUCGGGCCCUGCUCGUGACUUGCAUUCGGGUGUGUUUGGCGGUGUUGUACACGAGCCCAUGACCGAUUUGUUCACCAUCAUGUCCAAGCUGGUGACGGCCAAGGGCGAAAUCCUGGUUCCUGGUAUCAAGGAGCUGGUAGCUCCUUUGACCGAUGAGGAGCGCAAGCGUUACGACGUGAUGGACUUUGUGCUCAGCGACAUCGAAGGCGCUACGGGCAGCAAGACCACGGUCAGCAACGACAAGGCUGCCGUGCUGAUGGGUCGCAUGCGAUACCCUUGCCUUUCGCUUCACGGUAUCGAGGGAGCAUUUUCUGAGCCUGGCACGAAAACUGUCAUUCCUGCUAAGGUGAUUGGCAAGUUUUCGCUGCGUCUUGUUCCGGACAUGACUCCGGAAAAGGUCAACGAGCUUGUUACCAAGUAUGUGAAUGACGAGUUUGCCAAGAUCGGCAGCAAGAACACGAUGACCAUCACGAGCGAGCACGGUGGUAAGCCAUGGCUGGCCGACCCGAACCACUGGAACUACGAGGCAGCCAUCAAGGCGACCGAGACCAUUUACGGUGUCAAGCCCGACCUGACGCGCGAGGGUGGUUCGAUCCCUGUUACGCUCACAUUUGCGGAUUUGCUGCAGAAGAACGUUUUGCUAUUGCCGAUGGGCAGGAGCGACGACGGUGCGCACUCGAUCAACGAGAAGCUCGACAUUUCCAACUACAUCGAGGGUACCAAGCUGCUUGGUCUCUACCUGCACGAGGUGGCUGCCAUCGCCUAG